UGUUUGACUUGUUGUUGGUGUGAUACCAAAGAGUAGAACAUAAUCGACCUCCACUAAGUGCAUAUUUUCAACGCAUUACGUUACAAUAAAUCACAAUGGCAUUCGGACGAAAAGGACCAAAGAUUGUGGAAGCACCUCCAGUAGAGGACAUUGCGGAUCCCACCGCCUGGAUUUUGGACAAUGAGUUUGCCAACUUUGUGCUCAUGAACACCCAUGAAAUCGUGAGUCGCGKUCGCGGUCGUUGUCAUUUCGCUUCGCUGGAUGCCUGCCUGCGGUGUCACGAGAGCACUCUAGCCAGUUGCUGCCAGCCAAAGCCAAAUCUUAGGUCUUCGUUGCAUGUCGUUCUUAUUCUCACGAAGCGUCGUUUUCUUUUUCCUUUUGACUGACUCCCUCUCUUCCGCUCGUGAUGUAUCGCUGCCCCUAUUACCAACUGUCUUUCGUAUCGGAAACCAUUCGCGCUACGCAACUGGUUACAAUACCAURCAAUGAAAUACACCGCAACGAUUAAACCUAUGUAGAAAUAUAUGUGCAUGAUUGGSUACACCUUCUUGCACGGCUGCAAGGUCUUCAAAAAGUUCAAGCCCGACGCCCCCUUUUCCUACAAGCUCGUCAACUUGGCCAUGGCAUGCACGGGCGGCGGAAUUUUGGUCCCUAUUUUCCUCAAUACCGUCCCCGUUACGCUUUCCAUCGACGCCUAUCCGAUCGCAAUCAUGAUCUCGUACCUGCUCCACACGUACAUUCCCAGCCUGCGAGAGGUCCUGGAGCUCUCCGGAAUCUUCAAGGCGGUGGUCAUUCUCUUCUACGAGAGCAUCCGCGCCUACGUCGUAACCCURUUCACCGGAUUAGCAGCUUCUACCAUUGCCGCCUCCCAGUUUUCCUUCCCUGUCUUUGGGCCGAUUAUUUGCGGAACAAUCGGUGGAUGCGGUGGCGCCUUUUUGCCUCUCGACAAGGGUCUUGCGCCCCUCCAUGACGGUCUCCCUGCUCCAGUSUUUUCGGCGUUUGUUGGGGCAACCUUUUUCCACCUUUUCACCCAGCUUUACGCCGAGGAAGUUGUCGACUGCAAGAAAAAGGGCAAGGUUAUUGUAGCCYUGUGGUUCAUCAUCUACGCCUACGUCAAGGCGGGUCUUUUUUCCGCCCCAUCGACCAAGGCACCAGAAGCACCAAAAACUGAGGUUAAGGAGGCUCCCAUCAAGGUCGAAAAGACCGAAUGAACGGGCUUGAAYGAAAGAAAAUAGAGCUGCGAAAUAGGGGAGCACGAUCCGGUUGCGAUCUGCUCCUUGUGGAAUCAGAAAUGUAUCCGAUUCUGUUUCGUCUGUCUUGUUACGACACAGAAUGCAUCGUGCGGUAGCRUAUAUGUUGCACAUUGUUUUGUGCAUUGAGUAUUGAGUGGAGUGGAAGAUGUUGCAAUAAAAAUCAAUCCGCGAC